GAAAAGCAGCAAGCUGGAGCAGCCAGUGCGAGAGGCAACCUCGGCUUUGCCACAGGGUUUAUUUGUUUGCUUACUUUCCCAUCUGCAUAAUGAGGUGGAACAGGAGCACGUUGUGAGUGUACUUUGUGUAUUUAAACACUUCACAGGCUGAUCCCGGCUUUGUUGACAGAAGCAUCAGAGAUGAAGUAGCAGCAACAACAGCGGCUACAUCCAACUUUUUUUUUUCCCUCUCUUUUCUCCUCCCCUCUGCAAGAAAGUGAAAAGCAUCCAGGCUGUGAAUGAAACGAGAGGAGAGCUGCACUGCUAGAGGCUCUGGGCAGCCGGGACACUGAACGGAGGCUGCAGGACCAUAGAGAGGGGGAGGGAGGAAUACAGAAGCGACUCUCUGCACCAGCAGCUUUUCUUUCACUGUGAAUGCGAUCUGCAUGAAAAUAGAGAAGCAGAGCGAGAUGAACUCUGUACUGAGCAACACUACGGGACGUCACAGCCAUUGUCACUGCUUCUAGCCCUGGGACUGGAAACUUUUGCUUUGGAGUGAGCUUCUUGCUGUUUGUAUGGGCGCAAAUGGAAGUAAAGUGCUGCUAAAUCGCUGCACAGCCUCAUGCACUCACUGAGCCUCUGGAGCCGGGAGUAGUAGUUUUAUUCUUAGAGUCUAAACAUGGCUGGGUGCGGGGUCCUGUGCCUGCUGUUUCUCGGCUGCUUCCUAGGACUAUCACGGAGCCGGCGGCUGGUUUGCUGGCAGGCAAUGAUGCAGUGCCAUGGGGACAGUGACUGUAACUAUGCCUAUAGCCAGUACAUAGAGGCGUGCGGCGCUGUGCUCCCCAGGCAAGGGGAGGCCGCACCGUCUCAUAGCUCCUCCAACCGGCGCCGCUGCCCGAGCCACUGCAUCAGCGCCCUCAUCCAGCUCAACCACACCAGGUGGGGACCGGCGCUGGAGGACUGUGACUGCGUCAAGGACGAGGUGUGCAGAGCCACCAAACGGGCCAUCGAGCCGUGUCUGCCCAGGACCAGCAGCGGGGGAGGAGGCGGUCCCGCGGCCGGCGGAGGAGGGGGCAGCAGUGCGGUGAUGGGCUGCACUGAGGCGAAGCGCUUGUGCGAGACUGACCGCUGGUGCAGCGCCUCGCUCCUCAGUUACCUCAAGCACUGCGGCCGCCUCUUUAACGGAGUGCGCUGCACCAGCGACUGCAAAGCGGUGAUCUAUGACAUGAUGAAGGUGCCCAAGGCGCUCAUGCUCAACGACUGCGUGUGCGACGGGAUGGAGAGGCCCUUCUGCGAGUCCAUCAAGGAGAACAUGGCCCGGCUGUGCUUUGGCGAAGAGGCCAGCAACGUGCCGGGCAGCAGUGGCUUUGAAUACGGAGCUGAAGACUAUGAUUCUGAGAGUGAUUUUGCUAGAACUGACGGCUCCUAUGAGGAUGACCUUGCAGUGAAUAACAAGAACCAGCCUUGUGACAGUGAGGGGAGGCAGUCGGGCAAUAAGGGGGUGCCCCAUACUGCUGCUGCAUGGACUGUACUGGCAUCUGUAUUGCUACUGGUGCUCUUGUUAUAGCUGGGACUACAGAUUGGUUAUUGGGGUCCUAGGGCCACUGCCAUAGUGCUUGUUGUCAGGGUCAGUAUUUCAUUGUUGUAUUCUUGUGCAAACCUUUCUAAUUCUCGUUAUUGUGCAUCUAUUCACUAAACUGUGCAUCUGUCUGGCAAACAACCUGAUGCUCUAUACAGGAGGUUUGCUUCUAGUGACAUUACACUGUCAUAGGUAUAUUAGUUUUUUCCUUUCCAGCCCUGAUAUCCCACAUGUAAACAAUGUAUUGCAAUAUGGGAUUCACAUGAUCAUUUAGUAUCUAAAAUAUGGACUGAUUAACUCAUUGACUGACAAAAAUGCUUCCACAUGUUGCUUAGCAACCUGUUGCAGUACUUUUUGACAGCCACUGGGUUAAAAGAGUUUUUUAAAAAUACAUUCAAUAUUGUGUCAAUCACUGACAAUAAAAUAAGGAAUUAGCCACAGUUUCAUUUUUGACAGAAAAUAUAAACACAGUUACUGUUCUCUUUACCAAGUAAAAGCUGUAUCAGACUUUUCACUUGCACCUGUAAUUGCCUUUUACAUGGGAUGAAAACUGGAAAUAGCAAAAUACAUUUUCAUCUUGCUUGCUAUUAUUGUACAGAUCAUCAAGCUUUUCUAAAACACUAUUAGCUGUCAUAUAGGUCAUUGAGGUUUCCUAAGAUUUGGUCAUUUUAACUCUUAUCUUUUUUUUCUCUCUGGAAAACCUUAAUUUAUACAAAUGUGACACUCAUCACUGUUCUAAAAUAAUCCACACCGGAGUUUAUGUACAUCCGCCUCCCUCAUUCCAUCAGAUUAACUGUUUAUACUCCCAUACCAUGAAGGAAGGUACAAUAAGUAUACAGGUUCAUUUGUCUUUAGAGUGCAUUAUUGUUUUGAGCUAGCAUUGCAGUAAGAAAUGUCACCUGAAGGUACUGUUUGUAUAAGUAAAGUCUUUUCCAGAGUAAAAGCUGCUUAUUUGGCAUUUGACACAGUGGUGACAAGAGAGCUUGAAACACCAAAACCUGCUGCCAAAAUCCACACUGCCUUACAGGUAUUGAGUAAACAAUACUGCUCUUUUUUUCUAACUUCAGAUGCAAAUAAGGAAUAUUUUCCAGUGCCUUAAUAUAUAAAAGUGCCCAGUCAUAUUGUAAGAAUUCUAUAUCAUAAAAAUCAACGAUGUGUAGGGAGAUUACACUGUCACAAUAUUUUGUAUUGUAAACACACGAUUGAUAAGGACUAUAAAAUAAAAUAUAUUCAGAUAUGGAGCAGCAAUAAUCUGCUGAAGUUACACCACAAUAAAUUUGUGACAAAUUUAUUUAAAAUAUAAAUAUAGCUUUGUUGCCUUUUUACUGUAAACUUCGCCAUAUGCUGAAUAAAUUAAUAAAACCUUUGGAAGAGCUGUGCACUGCCAUCAAAGAAUAUAAAAAAAAUCUAAAUAUUUUGUAAAUAACAUAUGCAGAAAUAUAUAUAUAUUAUUUGCUAGAAGUUUCUAAAUGAUCCAUUCUGGUAAAUCUUAUAAAUAGUGUAUUUAAAAGUGUCAUUUGCAGCUAGUGACGUUACAUUGUAAAUAUUUUGUUUUAUACAUAAAUUGUAUUCUUUGAAUAAUUUAUUUAAAAAUAUAGAGAUGAAUUCUAUGUGUUGUAAAACAAUGUAAUUCUUUCAAGAAGAGGUACGUAAAAAAAUAAUGCAAUUACAUUUUCUUCAAAUGUACAGUGUAUAUUAUAGAUUUGUUGAAGUGAACCUAUUUUUUGCAGAGAAUUUAUGAACAUUGUAGAAUUGUAUAAAUGUAUUUUUUAAUGUUGCUUUACACUUUUGUAUUUUUAUAAAUGAAAUAACAACAUAAUUAUUUGAAAACA